GGUGUAACCAGAGGCAGGGGGGUUCCUCGCUGCACAGAGAAAACACACAUGGACACUGGUGUUAGCAUGACAUAGCCAUGGAAGUCUUCUCAUCUCAGUGUCUGGUAUUAGAACCUGCUGACGACAGCCCAGGGAGGCAGAGACAGGACGAGGACAAGAGACCGGGUGGCUCAUGGCCAUGGUUGGCAGCUGUCAUACUUCUUCGAGAGGUGGCGCUCUGCUUAGACUCUUGGUGGGACAAUCAAAAAGUGGACGUCCCAGGUUUCAGCAGAGCCCAACGCACUCCUCCCGUUCCCCUCAGCCGCCCACACUUGGUUAUCCAACAGGCAGUGGAAACAGAAAAAAUCUGGCAGGGCAGAUCAGUUUGGCUCAGAUUAACCAGGUCCUGAAGGCCAAUGAAUACUUCCACACUUUCCCCAGAGGCCCCGCCUCCCAUGGGGUUCUGGGAUUCCAUAGCAAUAUGUUGCCAUCCAACUACCCAGGCGAGGACCGUCGCAGCAGCGCUACCUGCCUGCCAGGUGGCGCCGUGCUGCUGGGGGUUUUUGAUGGCCAUGGGGGGGCAGCAUGCGUAAACACUGUUAGCCAAAGACUUUUCUAUUACAUCACUGUUGCAACGUUACCGCCAAAGACCCUGGGGGAAAUGGAGCGAGCCUUGGAGGAAGAACGAGCCGUACCACCCCUGCUGGAGUGGCACAAACACCCGCAGGACCGUGGUUAUCUGGAUGGGGGGGCCACGUCAUUCCACAGCCUUCGUAACUACUGGCAGGAGAGGUUGGCUGAAGAUCUGGAAGUGGACCUGGCCCAUGAUUCGAACGAGGACAGCAUUUCAUCUGCGAUGGUAAACGCUUUCCGCCGCCUGGACUACGAUCUGUCUGUUGAGGCACAGGUCCAUUUGUCCACAUCAUGGCCCAGAUGGGCAUCUCUCCAUGCAGAGGUUUUAUCUCCACCCUCCCCUCUGCAGGUGGCGCUGUCUGGAUGUACUGCGUGUAUUGCCCACAUCUCUAAUGGCGUCCUACAUGUAGUAAACCUGGGUGACAGCCGUGCAGUCCUGGGUGUACAAGGGGCCGACAGGCGCUGGUCAGUGGCCAGCCUUUCCAAUGACCACAACGCACAGAACCCAGAGGAGUUGCAAAGAAUUCUGGGACAACACCCAGCAUCAGAAAAGAUGACAGUGGUCCGCCACGAGCGGCUGUUGGGUUUGCUGCUGCCGUUUAGAGCGUUUGGCAAUAUUCGCUUCAAGUGGAGCAAAGAGAUGUUGAGUCAAGUCCACGAGAUGCGACCAGAUGUGCUGUCUGCAGUCAGCGAGAAGAUCCGGACCCCACCAGAUUACCUCAGUCCACCUUAUCUGAGUGCCGAGCCAGAGGUCACCAAACACCGCAUCACCCCUGCUGAUAAGUUUCUGAUCCUGGCCACUGAUGGUCUCUGGGAAUUGAUGCACAGACAGACUGCAGUCCAGCUGGUAGGACAACUGCUGACAGGUCUCCUGCAGCAGAGACCUAUAAGCCCCAGUGCAGGCAUGACACUGAGCAGCUUGCAGCGCCUCCUUCAGGAGAGGAGGGGACGUGUGAUGUCUGUGCUGGAGGAUCAGAACGCUGCCACUCACCUACUCCGCCAUGCACUGGGGGAUGAUGGGUAUGGAGGUGUGGAUCCAAACCGUUUAGGAAAGCUGCUCAGUCUACCUGCAGAUUCGGCCCGAAGGUACCGCGAUGACAUCACCAUCACUGUGGUACUGCUGAAUGAACCUGACCUGUGAUCACGAGUUCACCUUACCUCAUCUGUGUUUUAUUGUUGAUUUAAAUACAAUCUCCGAGGUUUCAACAGUUCCACCAGAGUGAUGGCUCGUUAGUACUUAGACGUUAGACUAAUAAUAACAUGCAGCCGUUUGUCUAUCUCUGAUGGUGCGUUUGUGGCCAAAGUAUUCGAGUACAUUUUCAGAGAGGCUGCAGGUGUGUACCUCGACACAGGAAACACAAUGGUGCUGCAGAGUACUGAUGAGGUCAUGGACAGAACAAUUGAAACUGUGUGAAGCUGGGAAGUGGUGGCUCGGUGGUUAAGGAAGUCGACAAGGUUUCAGGUUCAAAUCCACAGAGCAUGGCAAAACCCUACACACCCCCUGCUCACUUUGGUGACGGGUUCACAUUUCGUUGUCACAAUAACAAAGUGUCUAAUCAUUAUCAGCAAUCCCGAGAACCGUGGGGGGCAAAACAGAAGUGUGAAUUAGAAGUGGAACACCGCCCUCCUGUGGAUGUAUUACUUUACAACCAACAAACCAGGAUACGUUGGCAGUGACAUGUCACCGUUUAAUCUAGUUAAUGUCGUUUAAAACUUUUUAGGUUACGUCUAGAUUUAGAUUAAACCACACGUCCAACUCACGAAUUCCUGUGUCCAGUUAUGCGUUUUCUGUAAACUACGGGAUAUAAACCCGGUUCAGACUGGUUUCCGCAGCUCACAUUUAUCUUUCCAAACAAGCAAGGACUCACUCUCAUCUGUUGAUGUUUAUAAAAUGUUACCACACUCAAGGGUCCUACUUGUUUGAAAUGGUUUAACUCAAAGCUAAUCAAAUCAGUUUUUAUUGAAUUAAUUAACCCUACAAUGAUCUCAAAAUAAAAUUUAUUCAAGGUUUUUUUUUUUUUACAAAAAACAACUUAUUUGCAUUAGAAAGACUUAAAUAUCAGCUUGAUCAGCCCACCUCCCCUCAGCUCAUGGAGUUCAAUCAUUGGUCGCCUCAACAGGGAGGAGCA